CGGGAGCAGGAUCAGGGCUUCGGUGGGAGGAGGGGUGGUCACAAAUGGGAGAGAAAACAGGAAAAUGUGAACAAUGGAGUGGCACAGCCCAGGACCCAACUCCGAACACGAUGAUAAUUGUGGCUUCAUACCUGCAGGAUAUUGCUGCACAUGCACAUGGGUGUUGAAGGGUUAUUUCCCAGUGAAGCAGAGAAACCGCAAGAGAAUCGUAUUUAGGCAGACUUGACCUCUGUGAAGCAUUAAUCCUAUAUUGCAGUAAUUCCAUAUUUGAGCAAGAGUAAGGGAAAGAAAUGGUUUAUUACAUGUAUACUUCAGGGUCUAUGUGAAGAUCGUGCUCAUGUGGGGUUUUUUUUUUCUCUAUAACAGAGCGGUAAUAGUGUCCACAUGCCGCGACUGGAACCUCUGGAAAAAUAAGGUUUCGUUCAACUGCAAAAAGAGCAGAAUCGUUGAAGAGCAGCUUAAAACCAAAAGGGAAAAUUCUCUGAAAAGUCAGAAAAAGCAAAGUGGGUGAAAUUACCAAGGAACAUCCUAAACUCUGAGUUUAUGACCCCGGAAGGCAAAAUUUGGUGCCACUAGUCUCGUCUGUUCUGGAGGUCUGGGAAGGUGCCCCUUUUUCCCAGCAUGCCUCCACGCCCAUCCUCAGGUGAGCUAUGGGGUCUGCACCUCAUGCCUCCACGCAUCCUCGUUGACUGCUGUCUGCCCAACGGCAUGCUGGUCAGCCUGGAGUGCCUGCGUGAAGCUCCUCUCAUCAGCAUCAAGCAGCAGCUCUUCGCUGAGGCCCGUAAAUAUCCUCUCUACCACCUCCUACAGGAGGAGUCGUGCUAUAUUUUUGUUGGAGUGACGCAGGAGGCGGAACGGGAGGAGUUCUACGAUGAGACCCGGCGGCUGUGUGACCUGCGCCUCUUCCACCCUAUUCUCAAAGUCAUUGAACCGCUGGGGAACAGGGAAGAGAAGAUCCUCAACAGGGAGAUUGGAUUUGCCAUCGGGAUGCCCAUCUGCGAGUUUGAGCUCGUGAAGGACCCAGAGGUUCAGGACUUCCGCCGUAACAUUCUCAGCGUGUGCAGAGAAGCCAUGGAGGAAAGGGAGGGUGGUGGUGCCCACAGCCAGGCCCUCUACGUGUACCCGCCCAACGUUGAGUCCUCUCCUGACCUGCCCCAGCACAUCUUCUGCAAGCUGGACAAAGGUCGCCUCAUAGUGACCAUCUGGGUGAUCGUGUCUCCCUCCAAUGCGAAGCAGAAGUACACCCUGAAGAUCGCUCAUGACUGCCUGCCCGAACAGCUAAUUGCAGAGGCGAUACGCAAGAAGACACGCAGCAUGCAUCUGUCUGCGCAGCAGUUGCGCCUCUGUGUGCAGGAGUACCAAGGCCAGUACAUCCUCAAGGUGUGUGGCUGCGAUGAGUACCUGCUGGAGAAGUACCCGCUGAGCCAGUACAAGUACAUCCGGAGCUGCAUCGUUGUGGGCCGGCUUCCACACCUCAUGCUCGUGUCCAAGGACAGCCUGUACAGCCAGCUGCCCGCCAGCGGCUUUGUAGCCCCGUCCUACAGCCGCCGGACACCUCAGCCGAGCCCCUGCCCUGGGGGGGGGGACCCGAGCCCCCCUCGCUCCCUCUGGGCCUUUAACACCCUACUGAGAGUUCGCUUACUGUGUGCCACCUACGUCAAUGUCAACAUCAGAGACAUAGACAAGAUUUAUGUAAGAACAGGUAUCUACCAUGGAGGAGAGCCACUGUGUGACAACGUUAACACCCAGAGGGUUCCCUGCUCUAACCCCAGGUGGAACGAGUGGCUCUCCUACGACAUCUACCUGACAGAACUGCCUCGCUCAGCCCGUCUCUGUCUGUCCAUCUGCUCUGUCAAGGGCCGCAAGGGAGCCAAGGAGGAGCACUGCCCGUUAGCCUGGGGGAAUGUCAACCUUUUUGACUACAAGGACACCCUUGUGAGUGGCAAGGUGGCACUGAGCCUGUGGCCUGUCCCUCAUGGCCUGGAGGACCUGCUCAACCCCAUCGGAGUGGCUGGAUCAAACCCCAACAAGGAGACACCUUGUGUGGAACUUGAGUUCUCUUGGUUCAACCAGACAGUGAUAUUUCCCGAUGAGCAGCAGAUUGAGGAGCAUGCCAACUGGGUCAUCUCCCGGGAGCUCGGCUACAACUACUGUCCGGGGCUGAGCAGCCGGCUGGCGUGUGACAGCACCGUGUCGCAGGUGGACGUCGAGCAACUGCGCAGCCUCUGCAGCCGAGACCCUUUGUACGAGCUAUCAGAACAGGAGAAGGACUUCCUGUGGAGGCACAGACAUUACUGCGUCAACAUCCCGGAGAGUCUCCCCAAACUCCUGCUCUCAGUCAAGUGGAACUCGCGAGACGAGGUGUCCCAAAUGUACUGCCUGCUGCGGGACUGGCCCCUCAUGCAGCCCGAGAGUGCCCUCGAGCUGCUGGAUUGCAACUUCCCCGACCCCAUGGUGCGGGAGUUCGCCCUGCGCUGCCUUGUCCAGGGCCUGACGGACGACAAGCUGAGCCAGUACCUGCUGCAGCUGGUGCAGGUGCUCAAGUACGAAAUGUACCUGGACAACCCUCUGGCACGAUUCCUCAUCAAGAAAGCCUUGACCAACCAGAGGAUCGGGCACUUCUUCUUCUGGCACCUCAAGUCGGAGAUGCACAACAAGACGGUGUCGCGUCGGUUCGGCCUGCUGCUGGAGGCUUUCUGCCGGGCCUGCGGGAUGUACCUGAAGCACCUGAACCGGCAGGUGGAGGCCAUGGAGAAGCUGGUCAACCUGACAGACACGCUUAAGCAGGAGAAGAAGGACGAGACACAGAAGAUGCAGAUGAAGUUCCUCGUGGAGCACAUGUCCCGCCCUGACUACAUGGAGGCUCUGCAGGGGUUUGUCUCUCCCCUGAACCCCGUCCACCAGCUGGGCAACCUGAGGCUGGAAGAGUGUCGCAUUAUGUCAUCGGCAAAGCGUCCGCUGUGGCUGAACUGGGAAAACCCUGAUAUCAUGAGUGAGCUGCUCUUCACCAACAAUGAAAUCAUCUUCAAGAACGGAGACGAUUUGCGGCAGGACAUGCUAACUCUUCAGAUCAUCAAGAUCAUGGAGAACAUUUGGCAGAACCAGGGACUGGACCUACGAAUGCUGCCGUACGGCUGCCUGUCCAUCGGCGACUGCGUAGGGCUGAUCGAGGUGGUGAAAAACUCGUACACGAUCAUGCAGAUCCAGUGCAAGGGCGGCCUAAAGGGGGCGCUGCAGUUCAACAGCAAUACGCUGCAUCACUGGAUCAAGGACAAGAACCGUGGAGAGGCGUACGACCGUGCCAUCGACCUGUUCACACGCUCCUGCGCCGGCUACUGCGUGGCCACAUUUAUCCUGGGCAUUGGGGACAGACACAACAGCAACAUCAUGGUGAAGGAGAACGGCCAGCUGUUCCACAUUGAUUUCGGGCACUUUCUCGACCACAAGAAGAAGAAGUUUGGCUACAAACGGGAGCGAGUGCCCUUUGUUCUCACGCAGGACUUCCUCAUCGUCAUUAGUAAAGGAGUACAGGAGUGCACCAAAACGAAAGAGUUUGAAAGGUUCCAGGAAAUGUGCUACAAGGCCUACCUGGCCAUACGACAGCAUGCCAGCCUCUUCAUCAACCUGUUCUCACUGCUCCUGGGCUGUGGCAUGCCUGAGCUCCAGAGCUUUGAUGACAUUGCGUACUUGCGCAAGACGCUUGCCCUGGAGAAGAGCCAGCAGGAGGCACUGGAGUACUUCACCAAGCAGAUGAACGAUGCCCACCACGGCGGCUGGACCACCAAGAUGGACUGGAUCUUCCACACCAUUCGCCACAUGCCCAAUGAGCACUGACACCUGACUGCUGAGCAAGAGAUGCUCACAGAGAUACUCCGACAGACAGUCACAUAUGAGAUGUGAGCUGAUUCUGCAGGGGAGGGACCGAAACAUGUGCGUAGAGGGUCUAACCGAAAGAACGGUACUGCGGUACCCUGCAGAACUGCUGUGUUGAGAGCAAGGAAGUGCCAAGGCAUGGAGUGAAAAAAACAGUUCUUGGAGCAGCAAUACACCGUGUGUCGUGCUGACCGCUGGGAAGUGUUUGGCCUUUACCCCCCAACUGCAGAGUUCGCAGGAACAGCAGCGCGCUAUCAGCACCCUCACGAGCUCAGUGUGUCCGACACCAACACCAGAGACCCUGCGUCAGGCCGAUGCUGAACACGGUGAGAGAUGCUGAGGGCAAAUGCAGAGCAGCGGCGACUUUCUAACCGCGAUACAAAGCAGCUGCAGCUUUUUGCACUAAGAGGUUUGCCAACUGGCUGUACAGUCACAACGGAGAGUCCGCUGAAGUUUACUGCACUCUCACUGCACCCCCAUUGUCUGCGGUAGGCUCGCUCCCGUGCCUGGGGCCGUGCCGUGACAGAGGAAGACUGCGAUUUGACUGCACUUUGAAUGCACUGGAACUCUUCGGGACUGUCUUUCGACUGUGUUUUGACUGCACUGUGAUCACAAGUGGUUGAGUGGUUGUGUUUCGACUGUGUUUGCACUGUGUUUUCGCUGCGAGCGCUCGGGGCUCCACCGUCGCUGCCACGCGAGGCGCACUCGCCGUGGGGCAGUGGUGGCGCCGAGGGUGACUUGGCUCCCGCACCCUGUGCAUGUGUAGCAACACGCUGCACUGCAGGGCGUUUCCUCCUUGCUCCUGCACUACUUGACCGCACUGCACGGGAACUAGUGAACGAGGAUUCGUGUCACCGAUGGCAAGUGGUUCUAGGUGUCAUUACUGCAAGGAGCAUCAUCUGCACCUGUGGUCCUUGAAUCGCACGUCGCUUGAACGGGCAUUUUGGCCGCAGCGGGAUCUCAGUUGAGGAAGUUUCAAUGGCUUCGACUUUGUUUCCUGCAAAGAUGCCAAAUUUGACAUCACUAUUAUUAUUAUUGUUAUUAUUAUUAUUAUUACUGUUUGUUUUUCUAUGCUAAAAAUGGCAUAGCCUAGGUUGAGUGGUGAUGUUAAUAACCAUUUUGAGUGUGCUGAUACAGUCUUCCACAUUCCCACAACUUUACAUUUAGAGGGGAGAAACAUUUUUGUUGUUGUUUGACCUCAGUAUUGUAUUGUGAUUCAGUAUCAAGCGAACGAGCUCUAAACUGAGCAAAAACGGUCGUUUUCUCACGCGAGACACUGUGACUGUAAUAAGAGCUGUGCCCGUUGCUCCAUUUGGAUCACAAAUCCCUCCUUUUCCACCUCGACCUGACAAC